CCUAAUCACAUUUUGGUUCUUUAAUGGCGAAAUCGAUCUAAUACGUCCCCGUGAACUUAACCAAACUCUUUUCCCCAAAAAAACCUUUUUGCUUCAACCAUACUUCUCCUUCUUCACCACCCUUCUCGCGUCUCUUUGUAUAUAUGCAUCUAUACUUAGUAGAGACGACUCGUCGACGACAAUGCUAGAAUGGCUCAAUUUAGACAAUCGGGAACUGAGAGAUUUAGCUCCGGUCGCGGCGGUUACCAGAACGGCGGAGCAGCUUCUUCUGAUCAUAUAGCGAUCGGGAUCCGAAACGGUGUUGGAGGAGUUAAGGCUAAUACUAAUCGGUGGCGAAGAUCCGUGCGAGCUGAUAAGAUUCGUAGACUUGGAAUUGGCUCUGUUGUGUUUGUUCUUUGUAUUGUCCUCGUUGUUACUGUUCUAGCUUACUAUUAUAUCUCUGGUAUUACUAGUAGUGGCUACGAUGAUAAAGGGUUUGAUUCAUAUGAAGGUGAUUUUUUGACGAAUGUGACUAGAAUAGAUCCUUCAAAGGUGCUUGAGUUUGGUCAUGGUUCAGUUGUUCAUGGACGAGAUUCUAGGGAUUGGGAUAAGGAUGAUAGAAGACGAGAUGAUGAUUAUAAUGAGGCUGAAGUGAAGAAGGAUGUACAAGUUCAGAAUCCUGUAAAGGGUUCUGAUUUGAAGGGGAUUGGUAUGUAUAAUGAAGCUGGAAGGAAUGAACUUAAGAUGUAUGAAGCUGAGUAUCAAGCUACGCUUGGGAAAAGUGGUGGAUCAUUGAAGAAAAACGGUGUAAGUCAUGAGGGAGUUGAUGUGGAUACUGAGGAUGAUGAUGCGGUUGAGUCUCAUGACGGGGAUGAAUAUGUUGAUUCUGGGCAUGAGGAUGAUAAUGAAGAGCCGCACAAAGAGAAGACUAGCGAGGUUCUUGAUUCUAUGACUAAGCAACAGAAUGUGGAGAAGGAUGAUGGAGGUAUGUCGAAAAGGUCGCUUGGGGAUUCUUCUCUUGUUAGUAAGGGUGGUAAGUCCGGGAAAACAUCACGAUCUGAUACAAAAAGAAGAGGUCGUCGCAGAUCUUCAGGUUCAUGUGAAAUGAAGCUAUUGAAUUCUAGUCAACCAAUAGUGGAGCCUUUGAAUACUCGAAAAUCUGCUAGAUUCUCCUUACAGUAUAUAGAGAAGGAGGAUAAACCUGAUGGAGAAGAACAGUGGGAGCCUAGAUUUGCAGGUCAUCAGAGUUUACAGGAGCGAGACGAUUCCUUCGUGGCUCAAGACAAGAAAAUUCAUUGUGGCUUUGUCAAAGGCCCCAAAGGAUCCCCAAGCACUGGAUUUGACCUGACAGAAGAUGAUACCAAUUAUAUCAGUAGAUGCCACAUCGCUGUGAUCUCAUGCAUCUUUGGCAAUUCUGAUCGCUUGAGGCCUCCUGCCAACAAAAUGAUAAGUCGCUUGUCAAGAAAAAAUGUAUGCUUCAUUGUGUUUGUGGACGAGAUUACCAUGCAAACACUUUCUGCAGAAGGACAUGCCCCGGACAGAGCAGGAUUUAUUGGUUUGUGGAAGUUGGUUGUCGUGAAGAAUCUUCCAUAUGCAGAUAUGCGGAGGGUAGGAAAAAUACCCAAAAUGUUGCCACACCGACUUUUCCCAUCAGCAAGGUACUCAAUCUGGUUGGACAGCAAAUUACGACUUCAGUUGGACCCUCUACUCAUUCUGGAGUACUUCCUUUGGCGUAAAGGUCACGAGUAUGCUAUAUCCAAUCACUAUGACCGUCAUUGUUUAUGGGAAGAGGUUGCACAAAACAAGAAGCUGAACAAGUAUAACCAUACUGUUAUUAAUCAACAAUUUGAGUUUUACAAGGCUGAUGGGCUGACCAGAUUUAAUGCUUCGGAUCCGUUUAAGCUUCUUCCUAGCAAUGUUCCAGAGGGAUCUUUCAUAGUACGAGCACAUACUCCCAUGUCGAACCUGUUCUCCUGUCUUUGGUUCAACGAAGUGGAACGCUUCACUCCCCGAGACCAGCUGAGCUUUGCCUAUACUUACCAGAAACUAAGAAGGAUGAAUCCUGAUAAACCAUUUAAUCUUCACAUGUUCAAGGACUGCGAGAGAAGAAAGAUUGCAAAGUUGUUCCGUCACAGAUCAUCAGACGAGAAGCGAAACCUUAUACAAGCAUCAAUACAAUAAACGACUCUGUGCAUGCUGUACCAAGCUGUAUCCGACGUGUAUAUUACUUUGAGGCUCUACUGCUAUAUAUUCACAGUGUCACUUGGAGAAAUGCCACUUAUUCUUUGCUCUGAAUGACUUAGAAACUGCUGCAGGAAGAUCCAGAUGUUGUAAAUUGGAACCGAGUCUGUUGCCUGUAGCGACAACCAGAGGAGGUUAUACGAAAACAAUGUGAGGAGAUAUGUAGAUGUAGGCGGCGUUAAGAGUUGAAACUUUGAAAGAAGAAGAAGAAGAAGGGGCAUGAUUUAGAUUCAUGGAAGGGUUCCUCCAUUUUUAUUCAAUUCAUUGCUUUGUUUUUCUCUGUAUCCCACUAUCAAUGCAACAAUUUACCCUUGGACAAAGAUACUCAUCCCCUAUAUAUAUUACUUGAUAAAAAAUGAUUUCUCAAA